CGCUCGGGCCCCCGCCCCCUUCGCCGGCUCGGCCCCCGCGCCACCCGGCCCGCGACGCACCCCCGCCCACCGAGGCCCGGUGGACCCGAGAGCCAGACACGGUGCCUCGCUGACUCUCACGGAGCAAAAUAUUCCAUCGCCCGGGGCUGAGACUUGUAAAACUGCCCUCCUCGGUCACCCCGGAAAGUAGGAGGCUUUUUCUGCAGACUCUGUUAAAAGAAAAAAAAAAAAGGAAAAAAAGGGCCCUUCCACUCCCCCAGGACUGAUGGUCUGAAUUGCUUUUCAUCUGGAGUGGCAGUGAUUCAGCGACCCCCUUCUCAGCAGCAGGCAAUGACAGAGACAGGAGACGAAAAACACAGCGAAUGAAUCAGACGAGAGACCCUUCGCUUCCUGCUGCUGCUCAUCACCCUGGGUGGGGAUCCCAGUCUUCCUGACCUGCAUGGGAGGUAAAUAGAAGACAUUGCCCCUGCAACUAUCAGCAUAGCCGGUGCCCAGGACAACAUACAACAAAUCCUGUUGCAAGGAUCUAAGCCUGAGAUUGGUGAUUUUACACUGAGAGUCUGUCGAAUCUUCCUGGCACUCAUGAGGUUAAAUCCUAGAACAUCUAAGAAGAAAGAAAAGCAAAUGGAGGUUCUUCAGUAAACUGGAGCUGAUCUGACUGGGCAGACUCUGGAGCGUCAAGAAUACGCUGCAUCAGACAAACUCCUCUCUGAAGAGACCAACAAUAGUGCAUUCAUCAGAAGAGCUCCAGUUGGAGCCCAGGAAGAGACAACGGAAGGCUGGGACCAGGCGGGCUGGCUAGAGAGACCAGCAUAAUCUUCAUACCAAAACCUGACAAGACUAUUAUCAGAAAGGAAAGUUACAGAAAAGAAAAGAUUCUUGUCUUCCAGCCAGUUUGAGAGACGCAGAAACCAUUCAGGAAAUGUCAGCAGUCCUGCAGAGUGGAGUCCAUGAGCUAGAAGAUAAGAAGGAGACUCAAGCACAAAUAGAAGACUCACAGGACCAUUUCCCAAAGAAACUGCCGUCUUUAGUACAUUUCUUUCCAACGCCGACAGAUUCAGAUAGCACGACGCUGCCAUAUUCACGGUCAUUAUCUGAUGAAAUUCCUCUCAGUUACUGUCUGUCUAGCCCUCAAGUUAGUGGAGCAACUAUAUCAACAAUUGGACCAAAGCCUCUUAAACCUGCUCUAGUGACCCGUUCCCGCUCAGAAAACAGCUCGGGACUCAACAUCGGCAAAAUUCCAAAGAAACACACUAUUCCAGUCCUUGCUGGUGAGCCAGCUGUGAUUGGAGAAGGGGAAGAUUAUUUCCUGUCUUUGUUUGGUGAUACAAGGAAACUUGUGCACUCAUUCCACGAGAAAACUUGGAAGCACUUCUCUAUGAUUCUUGAAGAAGUGGGACAAUCUAGAUCCAGUGCUCUUGGAGACAUUAAAAUAGCUGAGGUGAAUGUCAAGGGUUUAUUCGUGAAGCUCAUUAACUCUUCCCCCGACAAAGAGCUGGAAAUUGGAAAUCAUACGCUCCGACAAAAUGUGGAUGGACGAGCAGUCUCUCUCUACCGAUUCCUUCCUGGUAUCAUAAUGCAGGCCAAUUCCACAGUAACAGUCUGGACAGCAGCAUCUGAAGUAAAGCAUCAGUCACCAUCUGAUUUUCUUUGGAAGGAACAAGACAGGUUUAACACAGCCCCAAACUGUACAACAAUCCUGUGCAAACCUAAUGGUGAAGCUGUUGCCUGGUACACUCCCAUUCACUGGAAGCAAGCGUGGGAGAAAUUAGAGACUGACAUCGAAUUUGACAGAUGCUCAAUAAUAAGUACAACACCUCAAAGGCACAUGUUUCGCUGGCCAGCAGUUGCAACUACAACUAAAGAAAAACAAGCUCAGUGUAAGAGAGAGUCCUCAAAAUGCCAGGUGGAACAAGUUCAAGCUUCUCUUAAGAGAGAAAAAGAAAUCCCACCAAGCCUUUUCCCCACUCGCAGCCCAUGGUGCCACAGUCCUAAUGUCCCUGCACACCCCUACUGUGCCCUGACCAAUGCUCACAACACCUCUGUGGCUGAACACUGCUUAAACAGACAGCCCAGGUCAACCCGGACGGAUCCAGUCCAGGACGAUAAUAUUCUAGUCUGGAGAACAACACAAGGAUGCCUGACAUGAUGCAGCCUGCCUUCCACACAGGAAAGGAGAGGAAGCCAGCAGCAAGCAAGAACAUGGUUUCUUUUAGAAAAGAUAAUUCCUCAGGACUUUCCUGAUACCAUUUGUUAAAGAAGGGAGAUAAGAGUUUGUGCACAAGUUGAAACAUUUGCUGUCCAGCCUGUUACAAAGAAACAUACUGGUCAAAAGCAAAACCAUCACAGUCUUCAUUUUAUGCACAUGAAGUUUCCCAAUCAUUAAUUUCAGUCUUUUAUACCCUGCCCAGAUGUUAGGUCAACCACUUAUCUGAAUUCUGCAGAUGCAUUUUCCAAAAACACAUGUUUUAGGAAUUCCAAAUCUUGUGGUCUGUCUGAUUCUCUACACUUGGAAUCUGUCUCCCUAAAGCAUGUGUUAAUCUGGCUUUCUAAUUAAUGUCUAGAAGUAAUAGAAGAAGUUCCUACGGGAUAACUAGUUGGGAGUUUUUAAACCUGCCUGCAUGUAACUCAGAUUCAGUCAAAAUAACCUCUUCCACCUUGUGACACUAGGUACAAAAUCCCAUAGAUAGGAAAUACCAAGAGAGUUUUUAUUAAGUAACCUGAUGGAGUAAUUUUUUUGUGUAAAAAAAAAAAUUUUUUUUUACACAAUUCUCACUUCUUAUUCUUUAGUGAUCUUAUUCUAUACUCAUCAGGAGUAUACAAGUUGAAAAACUAAUGAACUUGUUCAUUUUAAAUGUUGACAGGCAGAAGGUAUGAUUGCUUCUGUUUCUGAGAACAAAUCCUGUCUAUGCCUCAUAGCCCAGCUUAAUUUAUUUUAAUUUUUGUUUAUUUAUGUAACACAUGCAGAAGAUGGGGCAUAUGCAGUCUUGAAAUGUGAGAAGGAACAAGAAAAGUGAAGAUUUUCCCCAAAUAUACUCUGAAAAAAAUAAAGAAAUGUAAAAUAACCCCCAAACUCAUUAGUGGUGACCACUGAGUUUUGCUUAUUAUAUCCAAAUAUCAAGGGCUAAAAAUACUUUAUUUUUAAAAAAGUCACAUGCCAAGGGACUCAAACAUAUACUUGUAUACCAGUAUUAAUAGCAGACUAUCCAUAAGUAAUAAAAGGUGAAAACAAUCCAAGCAUUCAUCAACAGAUGAAUGGAUUCUUAAAAUGUGGUAUCUACACAUAACAGAAUGUUAUUCAUCCAUUAAAAAAAAAUAAAUGUUAAUAUAUGCUACAAGAUGGUUAAACCUUGAAAAUAUUAUGCUAAAUGAAAUAAGCCAGGAACAAAAGGGCAUUUGUCUGAGGUACUGAGAAUAGGCAAAUUCAUAGAAAUGGAAAGUACAAUAGUGCUUACCAGGGGCCAGGUCAAGGGGAGAAUGAGGAGUUGUUGUUUAAGCGGCACAAAAUCUCUGUUCAAGAUAAUGAAAAAGUUCUGGAAACAGUAAUGAUAGUUGCACAAUAUUGUGAAUGUACUUAAUGCUGCUGAUUUGUAUGCUUAAAAUAGUUAAAAUGGUAAACAAACAAAUAAAACUCUAAUAAAAUCUGAUCAAUAUUUCCAAGAUGGGAAAAAAGGCAUAUUCCAGUUCUAAAGCAUUUAAGAAGACUUAUACCACUUGACAAUAAUUUGUCAUAAACUUUUUGGUUUGAGAUAAAAGGAGUUCACAUCAACCCCAGCAUAAUGAUGCAGCAUAAAUGUUUUCUAGUCACUAGGCCACACCAAUUACAUCAUUUCCUUAGUCUUUAGACACUUAGGAGUAGACUUGUACAUUUUCAGACAACUCUCAGUAACACUUUAUGCCACUUUGAACCGUGAAGUGUGAUGUUUGAAUCACACGUUGGCUGAAUUGUGUAGGCUCUUCUGUCUUUUUCAUAGUUACCAUAGAAACGGGGUAGCCAUUGUGUUGUGAGGAGACAGUAAGAGCAUCUAAGGGUGCACAAUCAAAGUUAACUUGUUUCAUGGUUCAUAAUCU